CUCCCUCUCCCUCUGUCUCUCUCUCUUUCUUUCUUUCUCUCUCUCUCUGUCUCGUAGGGCUUUCAGAGCGCCGCUUUUGGUCUCGAUCCGGGAGUGUAGUCUCUUCACUCAUUACCGCCGCAAUUGUCAGGUAGUUCUAUCAUUACUUUACUAUAGUCAUCUUUUUAUUGUUCAAUUUUCAUCGGAGUUAGGGUUUGUAUAUACUGAUUUUGAUGUUGGAUCUGUACUACGUUGAUCUGAUUUUUCCUACUGAUGCCUUAGGAUUCAAUCCUCAAUAUUUACCUUUUUUUUGCUUAUUUUGUGAAAAUUGUAAAUGUAUUCGGGGACCGAAACUUGUAGUGUCAGAUUUCAGAUUUGAUAGUUUUAAUUGUCUAGUCUGUUUAAUGUUGUUAAAUUGGUAACUCUGUGCAGUUAAUUUUUGUAAAAGAACUGAACUAUUUGAGUGCUAAUUAGCUGGCUAUGUGGAUAUUUGAUAUGGUGAAAUUAGGGGUUUUGGUCGAUAGAUUUCAGUUUUUAUCGGUGCUGAAUGAUGUAGUAUGUAUUGAUCUUUGAUUCGUGUUGAUCCAGCUGGGAUUUUUAAAGUCCUUUGUAGCUUUACACUUUCUGCAUCGGAACAGUUAGAUGCUAGGUUGAUUACUUAAGGUAUAACUUUGCCUUCUAUUCGGAUCUGUAAUAAUUUGGUUUCAUUUAAGAUUUUUGUAUUCCGCUUAGUAAUCCCCGUCAUGUUCUGCUCAAGUGGAUUACUGUCGUGUUUUAUUUUGUAGAUCUUUUUGUUUCAGGUGUUUUCUGUGAAUAAUCGGGUAAUUUUAUCUAUUAUUGAAGUAUUUAGGAUCUUUCUGUUUCUCAAAGGCUUGUUAUUUAUGCUGUUCACUUCGUCCCUAAUUGAUUCAGAGAAACUUGGCUGAACUGUUUCGCCUUAGAUCAUUUCUUAAGGAAUGUUAGAUCUUUUUAAUGCCUGGUUUUGUCAUUGAGCUGUUGUAUGGAAGGAAAAUGGUUGACAAUUUGACACAACUCUCUUCCCGACAUUCAGCUCUGUCCUACUAAUCGGCUUUACUGGGACGAGUUUUGUUUUUGCAGGAAUUUCAACGCUAUUAACUGCAAGAUUUCAAUUUUUCUUCCCUUUUUCUGCCACAUUUCUCUCCCAGCAUCCGAAUUGGUAGCAGAUAUACAAGCGUGAUGGAAGUCACCCAGGUGCUUUUGAAUGCACAAGCAGUGGAUGGAACCGUGCGGAAACAUGCAGAGGAAACUUUGAAACAGUUUCAGGAGCAAAAUCUCGCUGGAUUCUUGUUGUCUCUUUCUGGGGAGCUUGCUAGUGAUGAGAAACCUGUCGACAGCCGGAGAUUAGCAGGUCUGAUUCUAAAAAAUGCUUUGGAUGCGAAGGAACAACAUAGGAAGUUUGAGCUUGUUCAAAGAUGGUUGUCACUAGAUGUGGCGCUGAAAACCCAGAUCAAGACAUGCUUGCUACAGACCCUCUCAUCUCCUGUGCCUGAUGCUCGUUCAACUGCAUCACAAGUCGUUGCAAAGGUUGCAGGCAUUGAGCUGCCGCAGAAACAGUGGCCUGAACUGAUAGGAUCCCUCUUGUCAAACAUUCACCAGGCUCCUGUUCAUGUUAAGCAAGCUACUUUAGAAACUCUUGGGUAUUUGUGUGAAGAAGUUUCUCCAGAUGUCAUAGACCAAGAUCAAGUAAAUAAAAUACUUACAGCUGUAGUUCAGGGUAUGAAUGCAUCUGAAGGGAACAAUGAUGUGCGACUUGCUGCUACGCGAGCAUUGUAUAAUGCUCUUGGCUUCGCUCAGGCAAAUUUUACUAAUGAUAUGGAGCGUGACUAUAUUAUGAGAGUUGUUUGUGAGGCAACUUUAUCUCCAGAAUUGAAGAUUCGACAGGCAGCUUUUGAGUGUUUGGUCUCCAUUUCGUCAACUUAUUAUGAGAAAUUAGCUCCAUACAUCCAGGAUAUUUUUAACAUCACGGCAAAGGCUGUGAAGGAAGAUGAAGAGCCUGUUGCUCUUCAAGCCGUUGAGUUCUGGAGCUCAAUUUGUGACGAGGAGAUAGAUAUUUUGGAAGAGUAUGGGGGUGAAUUUACCGCAGACUCUGAUGUCCCUUGCUUUUAUUUUAUUAAGCAGGCUCUUCCUGCACUUGUUCCUAUGCUGUUGGAGACACUUCUUAAGCAGGAGGAAGAUCAGGAUCAGGAUGAAGGAGCUUGGAAUCUUGCUAUGGCUGGGGGAACUUGCCUUGGUUUGGUUGCACGGACAGUGGGAGACGAGAUUGUCCCACUUGUUAUGCCUUUCAUUGAAGAGAACAUAACAAAGCCUGAUUGGAGGCAGAGAGAGGCAGCCACUUACGCCUUUGGUUCUAUCUUGGAGGGUCCGUCUCCUGACAAGUUAAUUCCCACUGUAAAUGUUGCACUGAAUUUCAUGCUCACUGCAUUGACAAAUGACCCUAAUAGCCACGUGAAGGACACAACAGCUUGGACUCUGGGAAGAAUAUUCGAAUUCCUUCAUGGUUCAACUGUGGAGACGCCCAUUAUUACUCAGGGAAAUUGCCAGCAGAUUAUCACCAUUCUCCUUCAGAGCAUGAAAGACACUCCAAAUGUUGCCGAGAAGGCCUGUGGUGCUCUUUAUUUUCUGGCUCAAGGUUACGAGGAUGUGGGCAUAUCAUCUCCCCUAACUCCUUAUUUCCAGGAAAUCGUUCAGUCACUUCUCACUGUUACUCACAGAGAGGAUGCUGGGGAGUCACGAUUGAGGACUGCUGCAUAUGAGACAGUGAAUGAAGUGGUGAGGUGUUCGACGGAUGAAACAUCUCCCAUGGUUUUGCAGUUAGUUCCUGUUAUAAUGAUGGAGCUUCACCAAACUCUUGAAGCACAGAAGCUUUCAUCUGAUGAACGAGAGAAGCAGAACGAGUUGCAAGGGCUUCUUUGUGGUUGCUUACAGGUCAUCAUUCAGAAGUUAGGGGCAUCAGAGUCGACUAAGUACGUCUUCAUGCAAUAUGCAGAUCAAAUCAUGAGUCUCUUUCUCAGGGUUUUUGCUUGUAGAAGUGCGACUGUGCAUGAGGAGGCAAUGCUUGCCAUUGGAGCCCUUGCCUAUGCCGCUGGCUCAGACUUUGCAAAGUACAUGCCAGAGUUUUAUAAGUACUUGGAAAUGGGUCUUCAGAAUUUUGAGGAAUACCAAGUCUGUGCUGUCACAGUGGGUGUCGUUGGUGAUAUAUGCAGGGCGUUGGAUGAUAAGGUUCUGCCUUACUGCGAUGGCAUUAUGACCCAGCUCCUUAAAGACUUGUCAAGCAACCAGUUGCACAGAUCUGUGAAACCUCCUAUUUUUUCAUGCUUUGGUGACGUAUCCCUUGCAAUAGGGGAAAAUUUUGAGAAGUAUUUGAUGUAUGCCAUGCCUAUGCUCCAGAGUGCGGCAGAGUUGUCUGCCCACACAUCAGGUGCGGAUGAUGAAAUGAUCGAGUACACCAAUCUCCUAAGAAAUGGAAUAUUGGAGGCUUAUUCGGGGAUCUUUCAAGGUUUUAAAAACUCUCCUAAAACUCAGCUGUUGAUUCCUUAUGCACCGCACAUCCUCCAGUUCCUGGAUAGCAUUUACAUGGAGAAAGACAUGGAUGAUGUGGUGAUGAAAACUGCGAUUGGGGUUCUUGGAGAUCUAGCAGAUACACUGGGUAGUAAUGCAAGUGGUUUGAUUCAGCAAUCCCUCUCAAGCAAAGACUUUUUAAACGAAUGCUUGUCCUCAGAUGACCAUUUGAUUAAAGAAUCUGCCGAGUGGGCCAAGUUGGCUAUCAGCCGUGCCAUUUCUGUUUGAGGCUUUGGCCACUUGGUAUACACUUUUGCUUUUAGAAGUCCCUGCAUGCAUAUGAGUGUGUCGAGUGGGGGUCCAGGAUUGCAUUCAACAUGUCAGGUCAUCUCCAUUUUCUGACAACUGAAGUAAUUGGUCUUGAAGUUGUCACUAACUCUUGCAUCAGCACCAUGGGGUCGGGUUAUUGUCUAUUGUCACCAAGGGAGUGGGGAGGGAUGGUUUCUCAGAAUUGGUAAAGGCUUUUCUUGGACUAUGAAAGAUUUAUGUUGUCAGUGCUGGAAGAUUGGGAAACUGGUAAUGAAUUGUAGAUGUGAUGUGGUGAAUAGACAAGUGAAGCUGCUUGGUCAUUGGUUCUUUCUCAGUCUAACUCAUAUUGCAAUGAAUGGCCCAUGCCACCCCAGUGGUGCCAUCUUCUCCAAUUGGGUCGGAGGUCAAAAUGCAAAGCUUCACUUCACUCCUAAGGUCACCGCAUUCUUAAUUUCAUCUUCUUCCCAUAACUUAUUUUCCCCCUUUUUUUGGUCAAUUUGUCUCGCAUUGGUAAUAGUCUUCUGCAUCUCGUUGUCAUAGUCAGAUUCUGUAGAGUCUCAUUCACUUCUGUUUCCAUAUAUACAUUUGGAGGUUGGGGUUUUACCUACUCUUUUGCAUCAUACACAUUUCAUUUUUGUCAGUUGUCAGCAGGAGGUCUGUAAAAGUUAAGUGUUGAAUACAAUGCAUCCAUGAAAUCGUAAUUUGCUGCUGCUGCCUUUUUUUUUUUUUAAAUAAUUCCCGUUCUCUCAUAAAGUACAGGUCUUUUUGUAUCAUGCUUGGAUUGUGUGAUCAUAUUUUGAUUCCUCUAUCCAUAAAGAGUAAAUAUUUUGAGCUUGUCAUCAAUUGUGAUGACCUUUAAAGGAUAGGGAAGAGGAUUGGAGUUUCCCUUGUUGGGAAGGAGAGGCAAUGUAUUUUGUGGUCUUGCCUCAACUCUUUUUUUUUUUUGGCCUUUCGAAUGAUACAUUAUAUAAGGUUUUAUGUAAAUUUGUUCUUGCUUUAUAUUGC